AUGGCGUGGUUCAGCUCUUCAGAAAAGCCCCCGAAUGACGACUGCUCGUCCAGCGUGUCCGAUCAGCCCCGAGAUUCACCCGGUAAAUUGAAACAAUUGGAUAUUGAGGGUCAGGGCCAUGCGGUGCAGUCUGAUUCAGAGAACGGCGAUGUCGGUCGGCAGAUUGAGCUUGAGGCGGAGAAUUCCAUCAAAUACCGCACAUGUAGCUGGCAAAAGACUGCCGCCUUGCUCUUUUCCGAGUAUAUCUGUCUGGCCAUCAUGUCGUUUCCGUGGUCGUAUUCCGUCCUGGGCCUCGUUCCAGGUCUAAUUUUGACCGUGGUCGUAGCAGCGAUUGUGCUGUAUACGUCACUGAUUACUUGGAGAUUUUGCUUGCGCCAUCCCGAAGUCCGUGAUGUCUGCGACAUCGGCCAGUACCUCUUCUGGGAUUCCAAGAUUGCUUGGUAUAUGACUGCGGUCAUGUUCUUGUUGAACAACACCUUCAUUCAGGGCUUGCAUUGCUUGGUUGGGGCCAAAUAUCUCAACACAAUGACCAACCAUGGAGCGUGCACUAUCAUCUGGUCAUUGGUGACUGCCAUAAUUUCGCUGGUGUUCUCUCUGCCACGGACGUUUAGCGGAUUGUCCAAGGCCGCCACUUUGUCGGCUAUCUUCACCUUCAUAUCCGUCAUGUUGGCGGUCAUCUUCUCGGCCAUUGAGGAUCAUCCGGCUGGCUACACCGACGCACAGGGUAAACCAACUGUGACCGCGAUUCCGGUGGUAGGCACCACGUUCGUCUCCGGUGUCAAUGCAUUUUUGAACAUCAGUUACACAUUCAUCGGCCAGAUCACACUUCCCAGUUUCAUCGCUGAGAUGAAGGAACCCAAGGAUUUUUGGAAAUCGGUUACGGCCGUGACGAUUGCCGAGAUCAUCGUCUUCAGCCUGGUAGGCGCCAUUGUAUAUGACUACACGGGAAAUCAGUAUAUGACCGCGCCCGCAUUCGGCUCCCUCGGCAACGAGGUCUAUAAGAAGAUAUCUUUCUCAUUCAUGGUCCCUACCUUGAUCUUCCUCGGAGUUCUAUAUGCCUCCGUGUCGGCGCGUUUCAUCUUCUUCCGUCUCUUCGACGGUACACGCCACAAGGGCAAUCACACGGUCGUCGGAUGGGCCGCCUGGACCGGUAUCCUUGCCGUCCUUUGGAUCAUGGCCUUCAUUAUCGCCGAGGUCAUUCCCUUCUUUUCCGAUCUGCUCUCCAUCAUGAGCUCCCUAUUCGAUUCGUUCUUUGGGUUCAUCUUCUGGGGGGUUGCCUAUCUCCGGAUGAGAUAUGCAGACCACGGACCGGGCUUCUACAAGAAGCGCGGUAUCCGCGGCUGGGUUGGAUUUAUCGUCAACAUCGGGCUGAUCUUGACGGGACUGUUCUUCUUGGGACCCGGAACCUAUGCUGCUGUUAUGAGCGUCAUUAUAAGCUAUCGGACAGGUUCCGUUGGAAGCCCAUUCUCGUGCGCCGAUAAUGGAUUGUGA